UUAUGGUUUAUUUGCGGCAGGUGAGGAGGUGAUGGCGUUUAGAAGUAGUUGACCACUCGGCGGAUGGACUGGAUGUUCGGGUUCUGGGCCUGCCACUCGUUGUGGCUGCAAUACUGGCCGCGCUCCACCACAUACAUGCGCCCUCGGAAGUUGGGCUCCUCGUACAUCACCCAGCUGCGCACAAGACACAACCGCAUGUUCAUGUGUCCAUACUUCUUGGAGUGUGUGUGUUGUGUGUUUACUCACGCGCCAUCUCCGUACACCCUGACAGAGUUGAUGCAGUUCUUGGACAGGCCACGGCUCUGCAGGAAGGGACAGUCGUCGCAGAUGUCCACACACUGACCAGAGAAGUUGCAUCCUUCAAAGAGCUCGAUACGGUAGUGUUCUCCGUGCUGCAGGAGCACAAACACAACCGCCUCAGAACCUGCUCUCAUUUGGGUCACGUGACCGCAGACUAUGAGCAUUACCAUGCGGACUGGUUUGCAGGAUCCCAUGUGGUCAUUGUGGGAGUUCCACCUCUGGAAUUCUGGGUACUCGCCAUGCUCCAGGAUGUACUGCUGGCCCUUGAAGUCGGGAUGGUCGAAGCAGAUCCAGGCGCCGCUCUCCACGCGGAUGGAGUUCACCCUUGACGGGAAGACUUGACAUGUCAGCAUGCAACAACACGCUUUUCAACACGUGUAGUGGCUCACCUAUUCAUGAAGCCACGAUCCUGGAAGUUGUCACAGUCACCUCUGACCUCCAGCUUCCUGCCAGUGAAGCACUUCCCUUCAAAGAAGGUGAUCUAAAGGCCCAAAGUUGUCGUUUCACACUCCAACGAUUCUGGUUGAUUGGUUGAUUGGGUGGGUGGGACUCACCUUUCCGGAAUACUGCGACAUGUUGUCCACUGGAUGUUGUCCAAGCACGAGCGCACGCACAGUGUAACCGAGAAAAAGUUGGACAUCCCAAUUUAUAUGGGAGGGGAGAUGCAAGUGGGGACAAAAACACAAAAGGAAGGUUGUGCCGACUCGACGCUUUCUGCCAUCCUGAUGUGUCCGCACAUUCUGCUGGUGUUUAUGUGGGUGUGUGUGUGUGUGUGAAUGGAAAGUGCAUAUGUCAGGCCUCUGGUCAAGUGACGUCAUCACCAGAUGGGCGGAGCCUUCCAUUAAGUACAAAUGGAUUUAAUGUGAUGCAAUGCAUCCUGGGACAUCAAGCUGAAGCGCUGCUAAAAGGGGAGGAGCAAGAACACACUUGAACUCAUAAGGAACUAAUAUGGGCACAGGAAGUCAAUUAGAAUCCAGAUGUGGACCAAAUAUGGCGUUUGAUUAAUUCCCGAGUUAAGAUAAUUUACCUUUGAAAUAAAAACGUAAUAUAACUAAUAUAUUUUAAAAAGGACAGAAUUACAAUUAUUUUUUAUAGGUUAGCAUGUGAGCGCGAGCCUGUUGAGGGACGUAAUCACUAAUGCCAGUUGAAUGGAGAAACUACGUUUUACAUUUGUUAAUAUGAGCCUGAGGGAAGAUAGAAUUUACUUCUGAGAUCAAUAUGCAAUUGUAACAUAUUAAAAAAAUAUAUACUACGAUUCAAAUUUUUGAUGGAAUUCGGUGAGGUCAGCACGAGCCUUUUGAAUGACAAUAAUACAAAACAAUGACUGUCGGGUUGGAUGGAGAAACUUAAUAUUUCCCAUUUGUUAAUAUAAUAGACGUAGUUUUUUUUACGAUGACGAUGCAUGUUUAACAUUAAACAAAUUCGACACCCAACAGAAACUUGCGGCAAGGUUGAGGAAAUUACGUGUACAAAAAUGGCGUCUUUGCCACAACUACUAUAGACGACUAUAGCUUAUUAAACAGAAAAUGUGUCUAAGCGCUAUUGAUUAAAAAUACAUUUAAAUAAUCAAAGGCCAAUGAGUUCUGGCUGUGACCUGACGUGAACCGGAAGUGCUUCUGUCUGCUGGACAAGACUUUCCAGCGGGUCAACCUUCCUCCGUCCUCUCUUUCUCCUGGCGUUUUAAUGGCAUUAAUGUCGCUAAGAGGGUUCACGCAAACCAGUCGGUGGUUGCGUUUCUCCAGCGUUCCUGCUUUCAAGUUCCACCAGACAUCCAUGAUGGGUGCGACUGUGGAGCAAUUUGAGGAGGCCAAGAACAAACUGUCGACGUUGAAGAAGGAUCCCGGGAAUGAGGUCAAACUGAAGAUCUAUGCUCUCUUCAAGCAGGCCACACAUGGUCCAUGUGACACCCCCAAACCUGGAAUGCUGGACUUUGUCAACAAAGCCAAGUGGGACUCUUGGAAAUCUCUGGGCGCCAUAUCGCAGGAUGAGGCCCGGCAGCAAUACUGCAACCUGAUUGGCUCACUGGUGGCAGCAGAGGGUGGGAGCUCCGCCCAGGAAGUGUCGGCCCAGCCGGCUGCAAGCGACCACGUGUACAAGACCCUAUUGGUCAGCACGCAAGAUGACAUCACCACCAUCAAGCUCAACAGACCUGCCAAGAAAAAUGCCAUCACCACAGAGAUGUACGAGGAGAUCAUUGAUGCUCUGCAGCAAGCGGCUAAAGACACCUGCGUCCUCACCGUCUUCACUGGUGCGGGGGACUUCUACUGCAGUGGAAACGACCUGAGCAACUUCACCAAGAUCCCUGAAGGAGGUGUGGAGCAGAUGGCCAAAGCAGGUGGAGAGCUGCUCAGGAGGUACGUGAAAGCCUACAUUGACUUCCCCAAGCCGCUGGUCGCCGUGGUGAACGGUCCAGCUGUGGGAAUCUCUGUGACCGUUUUGGGAAUGUUUGACCUGGUCUACGCUACGGACAGUGCGACCUUCCACACUCCCUUUAGCCAACUUGGUCAGAGUCCAGAAGGCUGCUCAUCAUACACCUACCCUCGCCUCAUGGGAUCCAGCAAGGCAAGUGAGAUGUUGCUGUUCAACAAGAAGCUGACGGCGGUCCAGGCAUGUCAGCUUGGUCUGGUCACUGAGGUGUUCCCUGACAGCAGCUUCCAGUCGGAGGUCUGGAGCCGACUCAGGAGCUACGCCAAGCUGCCUCCAAAUUCUCUGGCGUUGUCCAAACAGCUGAUGCGCUCAGUGGAGAAAGACCAGCUCCAUGCCGUGAACGAUGCCGAGGUGGAGCGUCUGAUUGAACGCUGGACAUCAGACGAGUGCUUCAACGCGGUCAUGAGUUUCUUUCAGGCUAAAGCCAAGCUGUGACCACAUGACUCCACUUACUGUCGGCCAUUGUGAUUGGAUGAAAGUGUAAUUUUCUCAUACAUGAAGGAUCAAGUGCCUGUCCUCACGCUCACACACUAAGCUGUUUUUGUGUAAUAAAUUUGUCUUUUAGUGGGAAAAAAAA